ACUUCAUCAACCGGCCCCCGCUCCCACGAUCACAACAGGGGAAAAUGGAUUUCAGACCUUUGAACAAGAUGGAUUCUUCCGACCAGGCGCUUCUGGAGGAGCCAUUUAAUCCGUUCUACAACAUUCUCGGAGUAAUGCCCGUGAUUGUCAAGCAGGAUAAUGAGUACGACCGGGAAGUCUUUCGCGAGAGGCCGCUGUUCGGUGUUCUUCUUUUCGACAACAACGCAUCCGAUGCCAGAGAUCAUGCCGCGAAUGAACGGACGUUCCUCUCAUGGCUUCGAUUGUCAGUUUACAUGGCCAUUGUAUCCGUCGCUAUAGUAAUGUCCUUCCAUCUCAAGUCAAAACCCGGUGACAUAGAAAAGAGAAUAGCUCUCCCAGUUGGGAUCGUAUUCUGGCUGCUCGCCGUGGCUUGCCUCAUGUCGGGUCUAGCCAAUUAUAUUCGAACCGUGACAAGGUACAGUAGACGGGCUGCGCUAGUUCAGGCGGGAUGGAAGACACAAGUAGUGUUCACAGUAGUUGCAACGGCCAUUGUGGCAGCUUGCGUUCUGUUCCUCUCGACGAAUGCACAAAGCAGUCGGUAG